AUGGCUGAUAUACUUGUGAGCUGGUCAAACAGGAUGCGUGAGGAGAUGGAAAUGGAUGAAGAGAAUGAAGAUUCCCAAGUGCAGGCAGGCCAGAGCGAGCAGACGGAUCAGGCAGACCAAGCAGGCCAAGCAGAAGCCUUUGAUCCUUUCCAAGAUCUCUCCAGAGAUUCCUCUGACGACACCGAUGAUGAGGACAAUGGAGAGCUUGUGGAACCUCUUGUACCGAUGCCGCGAUGGAACAAGCGCAAGAGUAUACAAGAGCAGCGUGAUGAGCGUGAGGAACUGGACGUGUCCCGCGUGACUUGGCCCCAUCUUUACGGCAAGGACGGCGAUACACUCGUCGUCGUCGAUUUUCCGCAAUUCAAUGCAAAGGCUUGCAAUGGCCUUCCCUGGUACGGGCGAAAAGAAUUUCGCGUGGAAUCGGCCAUCCUUCUUGAUACUCGGUCGGCAUUCUUUGAAAAGGCUCUCUCCGAAAGGCAACAGUCCAGAUACCGCCGCCGCCUCAAGCUGAAUGAUCUGCCAUCGGGUAUAAAAUUCAUCCUAGACCUCACUCCAUCGCAAGAAGGAGAUGAGGCCGCUGCCCUGCUGGCCGACCUUUCGGUUCCCACCGGUGCUCGCGACUGGUGGAUGUCCAAGGAGCGACUCGGAGUUCCCACCUCUCUCGUCUCGGGCCACGAUGAUGUUUGCGCAUAUCAUGACAGCAUGCCCGACAAUUGCAUCAAGACCGAAGGUCACAUCCCAGCAUCUCAACCGGGAUCAGAUGACGACUUCAAGUUCAAGGUGACAUUGAGCCUUACAGACUGCGCCCAUUGCUAUGAACGAGAAAUUCGCGACUACUGCGAGAUUCGCCACAGAGCCAACAUCAUUCGAUUGCUGUUGUGCCUUGCUGGUCACGAUCUGGUGUUGAACUCUGCACCACGCGUCUACACCAUCGUGGGACUUGCCAAGUACUUUGACGUUACUUCUCUAGUGAGCUCACAUGUGCGCGCUUGGUUGGAGCAACACAAUAACAGUAGCUUCAUCGACGUUCAUCCCGAGAUCGCUAUUGACAUAGCUUGGAAACUUCAACUGAGUGACAUGGUGCGGACACCACUGCGCAUCAUUGUCGUCGAGAGAGUUCUGGAACCUGACGCCACCAAAGUAAACCCCGUCACCGUCUUUGGUCGUCCCCGAACCAGUUUGGCAGAUGACAUUAGUGAGGUUGUUCAGCACGCUACAAUCGCUGCGCGGAGCAGAACCAUGGAAGCUGUCCGCAAUCUUGUGUCUGACGGAUCUGCAAACGCUUACGAAUGGCUACAAAUUCCGGCCUGGAGGCAUCUCGUGAGUAUUCGCGACACAAUGCAGUCCGAAUUGAAAGAAAUUAGGAUCGAUUGGGAUCUCAUGGAGGCACAGAAAUACGUGGCCCAGAUUGACCAAAUCCUUAAUGCAAUGAAUCAAUACAUCGCCAAUACUGUUCAGGCGGCCUUGGCUGCCAUGCCAUAUCCUACCCAAGUCGAAGCGAUCAACAGUGAUCGACUUGCAUAUCUGACCCAGGGAACCUCUGCCCAGCAGUUCAACAACAUCAUCAGCACAUUCAGCGACGAACAAUUCCUACUCAUGCAAGUCUUCUGGUCUCGGUUUCAAAAUUCUUUGUUCAAGUGGGAGGGUUUCAAAACCAUGUAUAUCCCUGACCCAUCCCACCCAGUACCAAGGACCUUGGCCGGCAUUUAUCAGGACUUUUUCUGGGCACUGGAGCGACCGCACACAGCCAAAUUGUUCCCAUCUUUGUUUGAAUUUGACCCGGAGGGACCCAAAGUCUCGCUUCACGAAAUCCAUAAUCAGCUCAUCAUCGCCUCAGCCGAGAUGAAACAGAGAUGGUGCCCACUACCGGAAGAGCUCGAGACGCCCCUACGCCGGUCCCAGCACCUGGCGCUGGGAAUGACCGAGGACGAGUUUGGAUUUCUACCAUUGUGGGCCGGUGGUCUGGAUGAUGGCACCGGGGCGGCCUUUACCGACAUGGCGGUUCCAGAUACCGACAUGGGCCCGAUUGAACCCGGACCUGGCUAUCGCACUGGCCAGACCGUUGCCUCGUCUACCGCUGACUCGGACGCGACAAUCAUUGGAGGUGGAGUGUCGCUCAGGGUGGCCGCCUCUGGCUCGACUACGAACACUAGCUUUGUCGAGGUGGACCAUGAGGAGGUCCUGUCGCUCUCUGAUGACGAGGACGAUGAGGAAGACUUUGACGAUUACGAUGACGAUGACGACUCAUUGAUUAUGCUUUAA